AUGCCUUGCUAUUAUCCUCGCAGCCGCGGCAGCUACCCUCUCCUGGUUGCCGCCAUCAUCAUCGUUGUUGCCAGUAAACUCGGAGAUGGCCUAUGCCGCCACGACGAGAGGGACGCUCUCCUCCGCCUCAAGAAGGGCUUCGUCUUCGACAACGCGCUCUCGGGGCUACCCUCCUGGCAGGCGAGCUCCGACUGCUGCACCUGGCAAGGCGUAACAUGCGGCGAUGCCGGCACGCCAGACGCCCAGGUGGUUGUUUCACUGGACCUCGCCGACCUCACCAUCUCCGGUAACCUCAGCUCCGACCUCUUCGAGCUCACGUCGCUUCGCUUCCUUAGCCUUGCGAACAACGACUUCCUGGGAAUCCCGCUGCCAAGCGACGGAUUCGAGCGGCUCAGCAGGCUCACGUACCUCAACCUCUCCGAUUGUGGCUUCGUCGGACAAGUGCCCAGUAGCAUUGCCCGCCUGACCAACUUGGAGACCCUUCAUCUCGCUGGUGCCUUCACCUGGGACACUGUACAGAACCAAGCGACUCCGUUUCUGGAGCUAAAAGAACAUACUUUUGACACCCUGAUCACCAACCUGAGCAGCCUCCGGAGGCUUUACAUCGAUUAUGUUAACAUUUCUGUUUCUGAUGUCAAUAAUUCCAGUUCCAGGCAUUCCCUCCGAGAGCUGAAGCUGUCAUACUGCUGGGUUACCGGGCCUAUUGCAAGUUCUCUAGUUCCAAAAUUACGGUCGCUCUCAAAACUGAUCCUUGAAAACUGUAUAUUUAGCCAUCCUAUGAUGAAUUCCUUCACCGGGGUUGAAAAAUUGUCUUCCUUGUUGGUUUUUAGCCUCAGUAACUCUGGGCUGAUGGGAACCUUUCCUUCAUCAAGGGUAUUUUCCAUCAAGACCUUAAAAGUGCUCGACUUGUCAGGAAACACCAUGCUGCAUGGAGAGCUGCCUGAGUUCAGGCCAGGCAGUGCUUUACAGAGUUUGCUGCUUUCCAGCACGAUGUUCUCUGGAAACUUACCAGAAUCUAUUACCAACCUCCAUAAUCUCGUGACACUGGACCUUUCCAGUUGCCUCUUCUAUGGAGCUCUGCCGUCCUUUGCUCAAUGGACGAUGAUUCAGGAGAUUGAUUUGUCAAAUAACAAUUUCGUUGGAUCGUUACCUUCGGAUGGGUAUGGUGCUCUGCAUAACCUCACCAGGAUUAAUCUUAGCAAUAACUCACUCUCUGGUGAGAUACCUGUGAAGUUGUUUUCUCACCCUUGUUUGCUGGAGUUGGACCUCACCCACAAUAAUUUCACUGGACACCUUCUGUUGCAUCCAAAUGCAUCUUCUAGGUUGCAGCAUCUUUUUCUAGGCGAAAAUAAUCUGCAAGGACAGAUUCCGGAGUUAUUGUCCAAGCUCUCAGGACUCACAAAAUUGGAUCUCUCGUCCAACAAUCUUACGGGUACCAUGGAUCUAAGUCUGCUCAAGAAUUUGACGAACCUCUCUAUUCUUCAACUAUCCCGCAACAGGCUGUCUGUUCUUGAGAAAGGUGAUGCCAGGUCUUAUGUUGGAUAUCCCAAUAUUGUGUCCUUGGGGCUGGCAUCGUGCAACUUAACAAAGCUGCCUGCAUUCUUGAUGUACCUGAAUGAAGUUGAAAGAUUAGACCUCUCAGAAAACAGCAUUGCCGGGCCCAUACCUGAUUGGAUUUGGAAGGCUGGAGCUAAUGAUUUCUACUACGUCAAUCUCUCCCAUAAUUUAUUCACCAGUAUCCAGGGGAAUAUCUUAGCGCCUGCAUACCUUUAUCUAGAUCUCCAUUCUAACAUGAUUGAGGGCUCACUACCGAACCCCCCACUGAACAUUUCAUUCAUGGACUGCUCCAGCAACCAUUUCACUCACUGGAUUCCAACAAAGUUUCUGUCACGCCUGACUUACGCGUACUUCCUGUCACUUUCAAACAAUAUGCUCACAGGAGAAGUGCCACCAAUGAUCUGCAAUGCAAGCAAUCUCAAGGUUCUUGAUCUUUCAUUUAAUAGUUUGGGUGGCUUAAUACCACCCUGCUUGUUACAGGAGAACAAGAGCAUUGCUGUGUUAAACUUGAGAGGCAAUAUCUUCCGGGGACCACUGCCCCAAAAUAUCAGUAGAGGAUGCGCACUCGAGACAGUAAAUCUUAAUAACAACAAGCUGGAGGACAAGCUGCCAGAAUCUCUGGUGAACUGUAAGAUGCUACAGGUUCUAGAUGUUGGGGACAACCAGAUAGUGGAUACUUUUCCAGGCUGGUUGGGAGAUCUCCCUCAGCUGAGAGUGCUUGUUCUGCGAUCAAAUAGGUUCCAUGGCCCAAUUACCGUUCUCGAUGGAACAAAUUUCUUUCCCAUGUUACAGGUCUUUGACAUAUCUUCUAACGGUUUCAAUGGUGGGAUACCGGCACAGUACUUGAAGAGACUGAAAGCAAUGAUUAAUUCUUCUGAAGUUGAAAGCCAGGCCCGGACAGUUGGGUACCAGUAUGCGAUUGACACAUACUACGAGAACUCUGUAACUGUGAUGGUCAAGGGGCUGGAUUUGACGCUUGUAAGGAUCCUAUAUACCUUCAAAUCCUUUGAUGUCUCGAACAACAGCUUUGAUGGCACCAUACCCAGUGAAAUUGGUGACCUCAAGCUUCUCAAAGUGCUCAACCUAUCAAGGAAUGCAUUUGCAGAUCAGAUCCCUUCCCGGAUAUCGAGUAUGGUGCAGCUGGAAUCACUGGACCUCUCACGCAACUAUCUCUCAGGGGAGAUCCCUUCGGGCCUGGCAUCCCUUACUUUUCUUGAGGUAUUGGACCUCUCUUACAAUUAUUUGUCUGGGCCGGUUCCGCAGUCUGGUCAGUUCUUGACUUUCCCGAACACUUCCUAUGAAGGGAACAACGGAUUGUGUGGGAGUCGACUUUCUCGUCAGUGCCACAGGCCUGAGUCGAGAAUUAGAGAUGACGGCGACAAUGAUUCUGCAAACUGGGAUGUUCUGUCUGUUGAGUUAGGUGUUGCUUGUGGCUUGGCAGCUGUGACUGGAUACUUGCUGUUGUCAAGCCGAGGGAGAAGGUGGUUUACCACACAUAUUGACUCUUUGUUGCUGCAUGUCCACCAUUUCUACCAUCGCUUCUAG